GCCGCCGCCGUCGCGCCGCACUCGGCAGCGUGCAGCCGGGCGAGACGAGCCUCAGCGUGGGCAGCAUCAGCGGCAGCUUUGACGAGGCGGAUGUGAGCGUCGAGAAGCACGAGGAGAGGAUGGCGCCGAGCGAGGCGAUGCGCGAGGCGCGCCGCAUCGCUGCCUUGGUGCAGCCGAGCAGCACGAGCGCCGCAGAACUGCACAUGCUGCAUCUGGCGGCGGCCCUUGCGGCGCGCUCCGAGGCGGCACGCUCGGCGAGUGGCGGCAACGCAGAGACGGACGUGGCGUGGAGCCGGCUGCGGGACUGGCCCGAGGGCGUGGAGAUGGAGGAGGAGGCGGUCAAGGACUACUACCGCCGCCUCAAGUUCAUCCAUCUCGAAGUCGAGACGAAGCGUCUCUUCCUCUCCGACACACUGCCCGACGCGUCUGGCGCCGAGGUGUUGUACACGCGCGAGGAUGUCGCCGCUCUCGAGGAGGCAGCCGCGACGCUCAAGUCUCAAAUGAAGGCGCGCAAAGCCCUGGUCCGUGAUCUGCGCUCCUCCAUCGACGCAACAUGCGCCUCUCUCCUCCCCACCGGCGCACCCUCGACGCCUCGUCGCCGCGCCAGUGCCGUGCCCUCGGCGCCCGGCGCAUGGGACACGCUCGUCUCCGACGCCGAGGCGGCGCAGGGCCUGAUGCGCGAGAUUGGCGAUCUGGAACUGGACCUUGCGCGCCUGAAAGCUGCCGGAGGCGCAGAGACUGGCUCGGCGAUGGGAGGCAAGAGAGCGAGCUCGAGAGGCAUCCCGAUGCGAGGGACGCUGACGAGGGAUGAGGCGGUGCAGACUUUCGAUGAGCAGAUCGAGGAGAUGCAGUCCCUCGAGACUGCGUACGCUGCAUGUGGCGCUACGUUUGAGACGAGGAAGAAGGACCUGACGGCUGCGCUGCGGGCGGUUGAGAGACUCAAUGUGGAGCUGCGCGUCGCCGAGGGAUAUGCUGCGGAGGCACGAAGAGCGGGAUUGGAUGGCACGAGAGACAUGACUGUGGAGUUGAUGUGCCAAGGGCAUUCAUCGCGCCUAGAAGUGCUCAAAGCCUGUCUCGGCCUCGAGAACCUCAGCGCUCCCGACUCAAAGACGCUGCGCGCCACGUAUGCCACGCGCGACAAUGACGCGGUGGUGCUGGAGCUGCGAUAUGCGCAGGCUGGGGGACGGCUGUUGGACUUCAUGCUCUCCUCACCCACGGGUGACGCUCUGCUCGACACCCUUGCACCUCUGGACUCUCAAACGCGUGCAGCCAUGCAGGCGGCAUUGCAGGCCAACGACGUGCCGCUGCUUGUGCAGACUUGCAUUGGGUGCAUCGACGAGCAGUGAGGCUCCAAGCGCCUUCCUAUCUCCCUUGGCCUUCACCAUCCCUCUUCGCUCUUCGCCUGAGCGCUCGAUUCUCCUGCUCUUCGAUACCCCCCACUUUGUUCGCCGCAAAUCGCAUAGCCUUUGCA